GUUAUCUGGCUGCCGUCUGUUUUGUUAUGAUUAUUCGGUGUUUGUAUUUUGCCCCGUACGGAGCUGAAAAUUGCGUUCAGUUGCUCAGGUGUGAGAAAGGUAAUAAAAAAAAAGAACGGUUCAUUAGAAAAUUAGUGCAAUGUCGUGGGACCAAUUACCGUUCGAAAUUUACGUGAAUAUUUUCAAGAAUCUUAACUUUUGGGACCGUAAGCCACUGUCGUUGGUUUGUCGCCGCUGGAAUGAGGCCGUUUUCUCGAGAUCCCUCUGUCGCAGCCUUUGUAUCGAGCUUAGUCGCGGUGAUUGGAGUACGGCAGGUGCGGGGGGUGACAUUGAAAAGGUGAGAGUCGUUGACGAUGCCGUUGUGGAGGCCAGUGAACGGGACUAUCGGGUGGUUUAUGUGAAGUGGUGUAAGGAUUCCAAUCCGGCCCUGCUGGUGUCUAUUGACCGACUGCUGCGGGAACUGCAGGACAAGUGCCAGCUUGAGGGUAUGAUUAUCGAUGCACCCCUCGGGCCGCAGUUGGUGAAUUUUUUUCGCACGCAUGGCGAACUGCUGACGCGUGUUCGCAAGCUUCAGGUGUCUACUGAAUGUACGGAUAGCCGACUGCGGUUGGACCGAUGUUGGCUUCGGAUGGAUCAACUGGAGUCACUCUUUUGGAGGGAGAUUGUUCCCAACGACCAGCUGGAAGGCCAGAGGCCUUUGAUUCUGUUGGACGCUCCCAAUCUUACCUCGGCAAUAGUGCGGUUUGGUGAUUCGGAUUCUGAUCACGGGAUUAUGUGGCACAGUAGCUUCCUCGAGCUGGACCGCAGUUGUCGUUUGAACAGCUUGAAAAUCCAUCUGCAUUCCCGGAUGUGGGAAAAGUUUUUCGAGCAGCAGCUGAAUUGCCUUCAGGAGUUGACGCUUUUUCAUAAGACUACUAAUCUGGAAGCUCGUGACUGGAACGGAAUCUUUGCCAAUAUGUCCAAUCUAAAAUUGAUUCAGCUUUGGGAGGUAAAUGAUACCAUUGUGGAAGCGAUCCAUCGCUGCUGUUCUAGCUUACGCGUUCUUCUGCUAGAGAACAUAGACUUAACUGGACGGUUUCUGUCCACCGAUAGAAUAUUUCCUCACCUGGAACAUUUGCGCUUGGAGUCGGGGAAAAUCCGAAGCAGCGGCACGCUGUGCCUUCCGCUGUUGCAGCAACUCGAGUGGUUUAAUGUUAAAAAUCAGGACGGUCACACGUUGGCAAUAUUCGCACCAAACUUGCGCAUUCUUGGUCAGGCCAAGUAUGGUGCACCGGAUUUUACCCUCUUCUCGAACAACGUUCCACCGGCCGCGUUGGAAAAACUACAGCUCGAUCUGUACGCUUCCGACAUUCCGGACCAUCUGCUGGCCCGUUCCUUUCCGCUGCUACGGGAGCUAAAUGUACGCGUUAGCUCGGCUCGUCCCGAGCUGGAUCGGGUUAUGCCCAAUUUCCGUAACAUCACGGAGUUCACCAUGAUUGCCUACAACGCUCCGCUGCAGUGCGACGCACUGUUGAAUCAAAUGUUCAAACACUGUGAACAUGUUACCGCGUUGACCCUGUGCGGGUUCAAUCCGAACCUCGAGCUUUCGUUUCCCGUGUUUGCGCAGAUUUUUCGCAACCGUAAUCUGAAGUCGCUGAAGAUGUUCGGUCUAACCAUCACGGGGCACUCGUGUCCAGUAUCACUGCCACCGGGCCUGAACCAGUUCGAUCUGCGGUACGUCAAGGUGAUGGACGUCGCCUUCGGGGCGUACGUUUUUCCACCGGAUGGGCCGUUUCCUGUGAUUUGCAACAAAACGGACGAGUUUUGCUGCUACUUUUCCAAGGAUUGUGAUUAGCAAUUAGCUUUUGCGUGGUGAUGAGAGGCGUAAUUGUUUUCUUUAUUUGUAUAAAUUUUAGAAGCUUAGAAGUAGGUUCAUUGCGCGAUUCGACAAUUAUCUUAAUUUUGGCACAAAUUUAUUUGUGUAUCAAUUGUAAUUUGUUACCAUUGAAAAUAAAUAAUAUUUUUACUUCGGUUUUUCAGGAUUGUCAUGCAUUAUUAGAAAAAUAUAUAUGUAAUAGCAUAAAAUCAAAUGAAUUUAUGUUCAAAUCCAAAAUGUGUGAAUUGGUGGAAUAAAUUACACUCGAAUAUAUCGUAA